CUUGGCGGACCUUUUCGUACCUUCAAUUUUUUUUUUCUCCCCCUUUUCUCACUCUUUCUCUUCCUCUUGAACGUUGCUCAUCUAUCAUUGGGAAAUAUGGCAUUUUCUCUCGCAGUGUAAAAUUUUUUUUUAAGUUUUCCAACUUGGCAAUGGUCAAGUGAAAUUUUCUUUUUAUAAAAAUGUUUUGAAAUUUUCUGUAUUUAAAGUUAAAAACGAUGUUUUUUUAUGAUAAUCCGGAUGAGCUUUCGUAGAAAAGUAUCAUAUAUAUUUAUAUACGAAAUUGCACUUUAAAUCGACAAAGAUAAGAGACAGGAUUUGAAAAUUGUGUUAAGAGAUAGUCGAUGUAAAAAUGGUAUCAAAAAGGGUUAAGUACGCUCGGGCGCAUCUUUCUCGAAGAAAACACAUUGCAUUGCUCGCACGUCCAUUACAGAUACAUUUACAAAAAGAUAUUAACAUUUUAGAGCAUCCAUUUACCGUGUCUAGAGCAGCCUUGAAGUUUCAUCCCACAAAACGCAUUAAGAUCAUGGCAAAGCCAAAGUCUAUUAAUAAGAAAUAUGAUCCUGCAAAGAAAUCCCUGAUAUAUUUCAAGGUCCCUCCAGCGGCGUUGAAUGCCAAAGCAAGUAAUCGAAUAAAGGAUCUUUCCCUUCCCCAAAAAAGUGCAGUGAAUCAUAUACGAAAAUUGUUUUUUGAAAAUAAAACGAAAAUGGAAUAUAUAAAUAAAAUUUCACUUGAAAUUCGCAAAUCGAGAUACCAAAAGUAUCGACUUAUUUGCAACACACUCCAUCAGCAAGCAUUCGCCAGGGAGAAUGUUUGGAAAAAGAAAUUGAAAAGAUUUUUAGAAAAACCAUCCGAUUGGGAGAGGCACAAUAAAGUUUUAGAAAGACUCGCAAAACCGAAAGGAAAACAGAUUUCACAACAAUUAUUACCUUUAAAGAAAUCGAGAAAAAAAAAAUUAUAUGAUUCAGCAAGAGUUGAAAAAUUGUCCCAACCAAUUGCUAGAGAAGCGCCAUCAAAGAAAAAUGCCUUUAAAGUUAAAUCAAGUGCUCUUAGUUAUGAACUGACCGAUAGAAUGAAAGAACUUGCUUAUCGAAAUUAUCCCCGAAUUUACAUAGAACCUCGUAUUCCUGGAAAAGUUUCAAUAGCCGCAUUAAUGUAUGAGGCUAAUGACCGAAUAAACAUUCUUGCAAGACCGCCAAACAGACCACCGGGAAGGGAAACUGACUUAAAAGACAAUGCCUUUGAUGUUUCUCCAACAGCAUUAAAAGCUUGGUGUUCACCUAGAAUUAAAGUUUUGGCUAAACACAAACGUCGAUUAUAAAAUAAUUAAUUUUUGUCAUUAGUUUUAAUCAGAAAUAAUGAUUAAAUUAGAAAAUCAGUAGUAAAAGAAUAAAUUUAUAGUCAGACUUU